GCUCGCCCGCUCCACAGCCAAAUCUGCGUCGCUCGCACCAACCAAAGAAAAAACUUCUUUUUAUUCAACUUUCGUCUGGGAAAAUCUGAGGUGUCUCGGCUCGGUCGUCCGUGCGGAUGCUGCGCCCCCGAUGAGCCUGAAACCUUGCGAGUCACCACCUGCACCUGCAGCCAACGGAGCGCCAGCCAGGGAUGCUGCGGGGGCGAACAACCAGGUGACCAUUGAGCUGUGGGACCAAAGUCCUGCAGCCGCCCGCAGACUCCAGACACCUGGCUCGUCGCAGACAUGCUCCGACGAUCAAGAUUUAAAGGGAAAAGAGCAGGUGGAGACGGAGUCGUCGUGCGUUGUUAUAAGCCCGACCUCGGUGACUCUGGAAAGCAACGGCUGGUGCCCUCAGGAGGCAGCAUCUAGACCACCCGCCACUGCGGUGAUUGACCUCAAGACGGUGCACUUCAGCGUGGACACGGUUGAAGGGCGUCGGAGCCGCGGUGUUCAAGCGGUGCCACCGGACUUCCGGCUCCGUUCCGUGCCCAAGUUGCGCUGGACCAAAAAGUGCUGUGUGAAGAACGUUUUUGGAAACGUGCUGCGAGUGUUCGCGUCGCAGGUCGGCAUGGCCGUGUUCCUACUGGUGUGGACGUUGGCGGGCGCGUGGUCGUUCCACGCGACCGAGGGCCCUCGUGAGGCCGCACUUGGACUCGACGUGCGUUUGAUGCAGGGACGCUUGAGUGCCGCGCUCACCGACCAGCUCCACCAGCCAAACCAGCAGCACGCGUGGAAGAUCGUCGAGGACGCGCUUCAGCGCCACGAGCACAGCGUCGCUGACGCCAUCAACGCGGGCUACGCGAGCGGUGGCGUCGUCUGGAAUUUUGCAGGGUCCCUUCUCUUUGCUGUCAAUAUGCUCACAACUAUAGGUUUUGGUGCUCCGGUUCCUCGGACGCUAUUUGGCAGGACAGCUGCCUUGAUCUACUCGGCCGUCGCCAUCCCCCUGCACCUUAUAUGGGUAGUCAACUUUGGCGCGCUUGUGGCCGAAAACCUGCAGAAAGUGCUUGUUCGUCGACGCUCGUCCCAAAUGAGUGACGACCUCACAAACCCAACCUGGUUCUCCUGGCUUCCUGUGGCCGCUAUAAUCUCGCACUAUGUGUUUGGCAUUGUCCUGUUCGGCGGGGUCGUGCUUUUUCCGCUACUCUUCACAACGGCCGGUGGAGUCGGACAGCGAAGUUCCAUCGAACGGGCGGUGUACGCGGUGUAUCUCGAGUGCGCCGUCAUCAUAGCAGGCAUUUCUAUCAAUGUGUGGAGGAUCUCAGCCUCGUCAGGCUUUCUCAGUUUUGGUCUCAGGCAUAAUUUGUUGGCCAGAAGGAAGGAUUAAAAAAAUUUGAUGCGCACAAUCAAAAGUAAAGAAAUGAAGGAAUGUGUUACAAAAGAAAGACUUUGUAGUUUAUAAAUAUAUUCUCUCUCUUCAGCGAUAGAAAGACUCAAGGCAUGUUAAUUCAUGUAUCUCUUAAACAAAAUACAUACAUAUUAUAUUAAUAAGAAGUUAAUAUAUAGUCUGUUAAAAUAAUACGCCAGUGUGCCAGCACAAUAAAUCUAUUUUACAUUGUUAAACCUCUUA